GAUGAAGUUCUUGACUUUCCUGAGAACCAAAAGGACGUUUAUUGUAUAUUUAAAUUCACAAAUGAUUUAGAAAUAGUUUAUUCCUGUUUGGCUCAUUUAAAUUAAAUAUAUUUUAAUACUUAUAAUUAGGAUAGUUAUACUUCUAGUUCACUACCUCGCAGAGGUAAAUACUAUACUUUUUACUGUACUACAUCUCAGAGGUAAACAUUGUACUUUUUACUGUACUACUACGUCUCAGAGGUACAUAAUGAAUGCAGUAGUUAUACUUCCUCCACUACUGUGUUUCUCACCAUGCAUAGUCAGUAAUUACAUAACUGUGUUGAACUGAUGUCCUGCAGAGUUGAAUGCAGUGAAGUCAGCCUGACUCUGGUCAGAGGGUUUUAACAGCUUCUUUUAUUCUGAUUCAUGGCUCCGUAAUGUAAGCUUCAUAACAGCGGGUCCUCUUACGUGUUGACAUUAUUCGGGUGUGUCGGUACUUAGAAAACAGGAAACCGUGAAGCCGGACCCGGAUGUUGUGCUUGUGUAACGUAUGGAGGAGAAACCCAGUUGUAGUGCAGUUACUUCCUCCUCCCGAACAACCAGCAGCGCUCUGCCCAGUCAUGCCCUUUUCAGGAAAAACUAGGAGGGGGGAGGGGUUAGGAGGAGCAGGUCACGUGUGUUGGUGACAGGCCGUAACGCCGCCUGUGAUUGGUCGAGCCGCUCCGGGGCCCGUCUCCUCCGAUAGGCCUGCUCCGGGGGUAACGUCACGUCGAUCAGCUGUUGGAGCUCCACAACAACAACAAAAGAAGGAAGGAGCAGUCGGGGAGGAGGAAACGGGACUGAAGGAAACAAGAAAGAGAGGAAAGAAAACCGAGCCCAGCUCCCGAUGGACAGUCCUUAAAUCAACGGUUAUUUUUUAUAUAUAUAUUCUAUUUCUUCUGCGAAGAAACCUGGAGUUUUUCUAUUUUCCGAAAAGUAACGCGUCUACCUCAGUUUUUAAGGAUUUGUUUUUGUAAUCCUGGGUUUACAUCCUCUCUCUCUCUGCCGCAGGGCUCGUUUUGUACUUUUGCACUCUGCCCGAUGUUGAGCGAUGUCCAGCCACAGAUGAUCCAUGACCACACUUCUGUUCACGCACUUUAGCACCUUUCCGGAGCCUUCCCCGAGCCGUGAACUCCGCAGCUGAUGACCAAAGCGAGCGACGCCACGCCUCCCCGCCCCGAGCAACGCGCCUCCUCCCCCCCCCAGCCCCUCCUCCCUCGGCCUCGCGCCCCCGCAGGACGUCCCAAGAUGUUCCAGAGGUUCACUAGCGCUCUGUUCGGGGGGGACGCCGAGGAGCUGAGUCGACGCAGCGGGAACGGAGAUGGCAAGGAGGAAGAGGAGGAUGAAGACUGGAUCCUGGUCAACUACCUGGCUGAAGCCUGCUCCGGUCAGCGUGGUGACGGCCGCUCUGGAUGCACAGCUGGUCCUGAGGAGGAGGAGGAGGAGGAGGAAGAGGAGGACCUGGUGAUGAUCCCCUCCCCCAUGGCCAGCCCCCCGAUCCGCUACGCCUCCUGCACCUCCCUCAACUCCACGGCUGACACCGACCCGGACGGCGGCGCAGAGGACGAAGAGGAUGAGGAAGAGGAGAACGGGUUCCUCCGUCUGGACACCUCCUCCCUGGAGGAGAGCUGGUUCGUCACGCCGCCACCGUGCUUCACGGGCCGCGGCCUCCAGCCCAUCCUCCUGGAGGCCAGCCCUCUGGAGAACCUGCUGAUCGAGCACCCCAGCAUGUCGGUCUACGCCCACCGCAGCCCCCCCAGGAUGAGCCUGGACCCCCUGCCGCGCUCCCUCGACCUGGAGCUCGGCUUGUUGCCUGAAAACGUGCCCGCCGCCAAGACGCCCUCCGCCGGGAAAGAGAAGGGAAGACGCACGCUGGACGGCCCUCGACACAGGCCGGAGGUGGCGGUGGUCCCGCGGCGCUCCAGCCUCCACUCGGCGUGCUACGCCGCAGCGCUCUCCGCCCGCGCCGGCCUCCUGCAGCAGCGGGACGGCAACGCCGGCCAGCGCAACCAACCUCUGACCCGCAACGCGCUGCGACGCCUCAACCUGCUGCGGCCCCCGAAGACCAGCACCUCACACCUCCACCAGCCGAGCCAGAGACACCUCAACUUCUGACCGGCGUCCUCAUCUUCAUCAGCCUCCGUCCUUCAAGCAGGAUGGGAAACUAACACCUGCCACCUCUGAUUCCUUCCUUUUUAUUAUUAUCAAGAACUCAACACCAGCAACGUGUCAUCAGCCAUCAGUCACACCCCCGAUCUCAAAUCUGAUUGGACGGUGAAAUAGGGAACGUGGCUUUUGUUUUUGUUCUUAUCAGCUCAUGUGGCCAGUGGGUGAGACGUUUCUUCUCCUCCUCCUCCUCCUCCUCAUCAUCCAUCCUCCUUCAUCUUGGUGUUGAGGAGAAGAUAACGGUCAUCGUGUGCCCCCCCCCAUCCCUUCUCCUCCUCUCCUCCUCCUCUCUCUUCCUCUUCACGGACAACUUAAUGAGUAGAAUCAAUGCUGUAGGUCACUUUACUCAGCGGCAGGUUCACUGAGCGUGGCAGGACGCUCAGGUGAUGUCAUGGUGAUGUCACGUGAUGUUACGCUGAUGUCACGGUGACACAUUUUUAGGAGACAUUUUCCAGAAUCUUUCGAAAUCACGUGAACGGUGCAGCGGCACAAUGUUGCCGUUUAAUCAGUGCAGUGGAAGUUGCCCAAAAAAUAAAAAGAGUUGCCGGUAGUGACGUUGUGCUCGUCGGCCUGCGGCAGGAAACCUGUGACACAAUGAGUCAGAACUUUAAAGGAAGAAUCCCCUCAAAUAGUCUGUUAUGUUGCUUUGUUCAAUUUUUUUUCUAUAAGACGGCGAGUUCCUACGUUUCCCAGAAUGCCACGGGAGAAAAGGUCAAUUAAAGGGACGAUGUCAUAGUCAAUGUACGACUUUUAAUUAUAACAGAAAAUCUGUUUGAGAGUUUGAAAGACGUCGCUCUUUACCCGGCAGGGAGUCUGAUGAAAACAUUCUGUCCCGUUGCAUUAUGGGAAAUGUAGGCUCCAGUGCUUCUGGAGUUUCACACCCAUAGAUUAUCACGGCCUCUGAUGCUUUGAUGUCGGCCGUUCUUUUAUCAAACCUGCUGUUUUAAGGGGAUUUUUCAGCCUUUGAAGUUCAUAAAUUCAGUGAUCUUGUCUCAGCGUCACGUUUUCAGCGUCUCUGCUCGUGCAGAUGAACCUGCCUCUGACUUUGUAAUUCAGUACUUUUCACAAUAUUUUUUGAAAAUAAAAAAAAUCUAAAAAUACUGAGUUAAAUAUCACUAAACGCCUUGUUUUAACGGUAGCUUUGAGAUGAAUAGAAAUGUACAAAAAAAAUGUAUUUAAAAAACGAAACAAAAAAAAAACUUCCAAAAUAUUUUUUUGAAAAGAAAAAAAGAAAUUACAUAUCAGUAUGAAGUCGGUAUAUAUGCGUCUGUUUCUUGCUUCGGUAUGUUUGAUCUUGUUAGUGUGCGAUCUGUUGCAUGGUUGUAGAGUUGUGUUCGUGUGACGAUGGUGGGAGGAAAACAGAAAAUGUAAAAAGAGUUUGUUGUUUUUGUUUCUUAAAUGAAUCUGCAGUCUACUUCUCAGGGUCACAACCAAUCACCUUCACUCUCUAGGAAAAUGCAGAUUUACUUGACUGCUGACGAUUCUUGGUUGUUCGGACUUUUCUCUUCUCCCGCUCCGUCCCAGCAAGCGUUCCCUCGUUUAACUCAACAAAAAGAAACGUGUUUGUGAGAAAUACAUUUGAGCUUUUUGUGUAUUUUGUGAAAGAAUUCACUUUCAGUCGACUGUUGGAGAUGAAAUCCAUCGAGAUGUUUGUAUUUUACUUUGUUUUUCAAAUGUACUUUAAUGCUUUUUAACUCUAUUUUUCCAUGUUAACUUAGUUACAUUUCGCUAAACUGUUAAAAAAAAAAACACAUUUAAACCAAAAAAGUAGCUUUUAAUCUUUUCACUAGUUUUUAAUACUGAUUUAUGUCUUUUUGGUUGUUUAACUUUUACGUGUUUAGUCGGUUGUUGGCCUCGUUGCUCUGAAAUAUAGAAUCAUGUUUCAUGUUGGGAAAGUAGAGCCGGGGCGAAUCACCACCGCAGCAGAGAAUAAACAAUAGAAUAAUAAACAACAGACAGAAUGUUGGGAAUGAGAGAAAUAAAAGCAGAUACGUCGAGUCAAAAGUACGAGAUGGAAAGUCAAAAUGAUGACUUUAAAAAGUCUGAAUGUUGAGAAACUAAAUCAUCAUUAUGAAUUAUCAUUAUUAUCAUUUAUCUCAUCGUUGCGUCGUCUCAUUCAAUUUGACUUUGUAACUCACGAUUGAAAUAUGAAUCACUGCACCACAUUUUGAGUAAAAACAGUCUUUUUUUUGACUUUUCCAUCUCAUAAUUACGAUUACUUUGACUAUUUCUUCUUCUUAUUCCUGACUUUUUAUCAUUUCAUUUAAUUUUCUUGGCAGAAAUUGACCUCCAUACAUCAUUUUGUAAUAACUUUGUUAUUUUCUGAAGAUGUGCGACACAUCUGCUUCAUAAUGUUAUUGAAUCAUUUUAAAACAGGUGAAAGUUUUUGACUUUCUCAAGUUUUGAACUCAUCGGAGCAACAUUAAACUCAUCAGCAGUACAUGUUGUAGAUGUUUUAAAGUGUUCUGCAGUAGAAGCACAAACAGGAAAGAUUUAAUAGUCACGUCAGCGUUAAUAUUAAAAUCGUUUGUUAAGCUGUAAAUAAUAAUGUUUUUCAGCUUUUCUCUUAUUUCUCGAAUGUCUUUCUCUCUCUGCUGUCGAGCUUUGCAAUCACGGACAAUGUGUUUAUUUUAAAAAGACAAGAAGGGAUCAGACGUGAUGAUCCGUCUCCUCCUUUAUUUCUUGGGUUCAUCUCUCCAUCAUCAAACUAACAGGGAUUUGUAAUGUUUGUUUUUUGUUCAAUGCCUUGAAAUGUGUGGAUCUCGUGCCUUCCAGGUUGAAAUGUAAAGACAAUGCAUCAAUGAAGAACUUGAACUCCUUUAUCUCGCGUUUUGUUUGUCCUGAGUGGACGGACAUCAGAAACCAGCUAUGCACCACUCGGAGCCGCCCGCCAACCGUCUUUACUUUAUUUUAUACGAUGACUCAACAAAAGAAACCAGACAGAAUGAUGUAGCAAAACCUCUUUUCUCGUUUGUUUUAAGAAAAAAGAAGAAAAAAAAGUGUCAAGACUAUUUUGUGGCAUUUUAUUUUGUAUUAUUUUUCACCAAGUGUUAGAUGCUUUUAUUUUGUUGUUGUUGUUGUUGUUGUAUUGUACUGGAAUAAUACAGCACUUUGCCAAAAAAAAGGUGUAGGAAUUAUAGGGUUAACUCUUUAUUUAUCAACAUAACUGGUCUCCAUCUUUGUAGUUUUUGGAUGUACGGAAGAUCACUUCACUCUGUUCUGAUGUAAGAGUAAUUAUAAGUGGGGUCAUCUGUUUUAAACUGUUAUAGUUAAUACAUGUGAUCUCUCAUUAGCUUAUAAUAAUAAUAAUAAUAAUAAAUGUUUUCAUACCCA